GAUGGCGGCGCCCGGUGUGCGGUUCCGGAGCCUAACUCGGCUCGUUUUCAAACGGUAGCCUGGACGGGGGUGCGGGCUCAUGGACCGGCCAGGGUUCGCAGCCUCGCUGGUGGCUGGUGGGGUAGCAGGUGCCUCUGUUGACUUGAUACUGUUUCCUCUGGAUACCAUUAAAACGAGACUACAGAGCCCUCAGGGCUUUAAGAAGGCUGGUGGGUUUCGUGGGAUAUAUGCUGGUGUUCUGUCUGCUGCGAUUGGAUCCUUCCCUAAUGCUGCUGCCUUUUUUAUCACCUAUGAAAAUGUGAAAUGGCUUCUGCACACUGACUCCUCCUCAUAUUUGAAGCCCAUGAAGCAUAUGUUGGCUGCCUCUUCUGGAGAAGUGGUUGCCUGCCUGAUUCGAGUCCCUGUUGAAGUAGUUAAGCAGAGGGCACAGGUAUCUGCUUCAUCAAGGACAUUUCACAUUUUUACUAAUAUCUUGUAUCAAGAGGGCAUCCCGGGACUGUAUCGAGGCUACGCAAGCACGGUGUUAAGAGAGAUUCCUUUCUCUUUGGUCCAGUUUCCUUUAUGGGAAUCGUUAAAGGCGCUCUGGUCCUGGAGGCAAGAUCACGUGGUGGAUUCUUGGCAGUCGGCAGUCUGUGGAGCUUUUGCAGGUGGAUUUGCAGCUGCGAUCACCACGCCUCUGGAUGUGGCAAAGACGAGGAUUAUGUUGGCAAAGGUGGGCUCCAGCACUGCCAGUGGGAGCGUACUCUCAGCUCUGCAUGGGGUGUGGCGGACACAGGGGCUCUCAGGAUUAUUCGCGGGUGUCUUCCCUCGGAUGGCAGCGAUCAGUCUGGGAGGUUUCAUCUUUCUCGGUGCUUAUGACCAAACCCACAGCAUGCUGGCUGACCUCGGCAGAGCGCAUUCCUGAACCAGCCGCACGGCCUUCUUCAGAGGGAGGACGGAGCACGAGGACUCCGACACUGGAAACAGGUCUUCUGGGGGCAGGCUUGGCCACAGGAGGUCAUCACGCACAGCCUGUGUGCCAGCAAGUUAGAAAUGCAAUUCUGUCCCCAGGAGGACUUUUGAGCCUUAAUAAAUAAGUUGUAUCAUGGUGA